UAGACCGAAGGGCAGGUGGGGGGAGGACCGGACUUGAGUGACCUUGCAAAGGUAUCUAGCCCAUUAGGGACAGGAUUAGCAAGCUUGAAAUUACAGAUAUUUGGCUUCCUCCCCCAUUCCUCCCGAAGCUGCUGGCUCUCUCGCGCCCACCUCACCCAGUACUCUUUCAGCUCGAUGGUAAUACAAAGCUCAACCCGCCUGUCUCCUUUUUGCAAACCCAGAGAACUUCAUUCCCCAUGUUGAAACUCAUUCGUGGCGGUGGCGGGCAGGACUGGGCAUGCUCAGUCGCGGGGACAGAUCUGGAAAGCGAGGAAGCUGUUGAAGACGCACGGCCUAGGGAUCAGGUGGAGGCGAUUGGCGGGGUCCCUGGCUGGGGGUGGGUGGAGGUCCCGAAUUCCCUGCCCUGGGCCGGCAUGCUCCAGACCCGCGCCGCCGGCCCUGCGCGCGGGGAGCGGGACGCGGAGGAAGUAGGGGAGUCGGCGGGAGGAGGGGAGGAGCGCCUGGCUCACCAUCCCCCGGUGCCAGCUCUGCGGCUGCGGAAUCGGAAGGCGCAGGGAGGAUCUAAGGAAAUAAAGACGCCCGAGAAUGACCUCCAGGGAGGCCUCCUGAGCCAGAGGCCGCUCGCUGCCCCGUCAGCCCGGGGCAUGGGUGACCGCGGAGGGCAGCCGGAACGCUCGGCCCCAGGGGUUUCCGUGAACACAGGCGCCGCCGCCUUGAACGGGCUGCUGCACAACGGCUUCCAUCCGCCGCAAGCCUGCAACCGAGCUCCUGCGGGCUGCGGCGACGCGGCGCCCCCACGACCCCCGCUCCUGGCCGAGCUCCAGCCGCAGCCUCUCCACCCUCAGCAUGACUCUCCAGCCAAGAAAUGCCGGCUGCGGAGGAGGAUGGACUCGGGGAAGAAGAACAGGCCGCCAUUCCCAUGGUUCGGCAUGGAUAUCGGUGGAACUCUGGUUAAGUUGGUCUACUUUGAACCAAAGGAUAUUACAGCCGAAGAGGAACAAGAGGAGGUGGAGAACCUGAAGAGCAUCCGGAAAUAUUUGACUUCUAACACAGCUUAUGGGAAAUCUGGGAUCCGAGACGUCCACUUAGAACUUAAAAACCUGACCAUGUGUGGGCGCAAAGGGAACCUGCACUUCAUCCGCUUUCCAAGCUGUGCCAUGCACACAUUCAUUCAGAUGGGCAGUGAGAAGAACUUCUCCAGCCUCCACACCACCCUCUGUGCCACAGGAGGUGGGGCUUUCAAGUUUGAAGAGGACUUCAGAAUGAUUGCUGACCUGCAGCUCCAUAAACUGGAUGAACUGGACUGUCUGAUUCAGGGUCUCCUUUAUGUCGACUCCAUCGGCUUCAAUGGCAAACCGGAAUGUUACUAUUUUGAAAAUCCCACAAAUCCUGAAUUGUGUCAAAAAAAGCCAUACUGCCUUGAUAACCCAUACCCUAUGUUGCUGGUUAACAUGGGAUCAGGUGUCAGCAUUUUAGCAGUGUAUUCCAAGGACAACUAUAAAAGAGUUACAGGGACCAGUCUUGGAGGUGGAACAUUCCUAGGCCUAUGUUGCUUGCUGACUGGUUGUGAGACCUUUGAAGAAGCUCUGGAAAUGGCAGCUAAAGGCGACAGCACCAAUGUUGAUAAGCUGGUGAAGGACAUUUACGGAGGAGACUAUGAACGAUUUGGCCUUCAAGGAUCUGCUGUAGCAUCAAGCUUUGGCAACAUGAUGAGUAAAGAAAAACGAGAGUCCAUCAGCAAGGAAGACCUUGCCCGGGCCACACUGGUCACCAUCACCAACAACAUCGGCUCUAUUGCUCGGAUGUGUGCACUGAGUGAGAAUAUUGACAGAGUUGUGUUUGUUGGGAAUUUCCUCAGAAUUAAUAUGGUCUCUAUGAAGCUGCUAGCAUAUGCUAUGGAUUUUUGGUCCAAAGGACAGCUGAAAGCUCUGUUUUUAGAACAUGAGGGCUAUUUUGGAGCUGUUGGGGCACUGUUGGAACUGUUCAAAAUGACUGAUGACCGUAGAGAUGAACAGUAGUCGGAGUAGCCUCCAGCGAGGACAGAGAACUGACAGUUGAUGCUGGAGAAGGUGGAAAUUGCUAUGGAAUGGAAGCCAAGCCAUUAUGGCAGAUUGAACCUGCUGGAUUUGUAAAUAAUUUAAAAUCCUUCUAGCUGAUCUUUUAUUCUUAGGUUUUGAGCUUAUGAUUCAAAGUGGGGAAUACAAGAGGUUUUUUCUGUAUACUGUAUUUUUUUAAAAAAUUUUUGUGCAGUGUGGCCAAACCUACCAAUUUUAUGCAUUAACUUUGAAAAAUUGUAUGAUAUCUAAGAAGGACCUGAUAUGUAAGUGCUAUUCAUUUUUCUUCUGGGGUUUACUGAUCCGUGUGAUAAUUUUAACUUCAUUUAGUAAUUACUCUAGGAGAUUUUACCUUUACUUAUAUUUUUCAUGACGUUUCAUGAUUCACUGUUGGUUUCAAAUGAAACUACAAAUCUGGCAUGUUUUACUGUGAACACUAUUUUUGUUUGUUUGUGUAUCCUUUUUUGUCUUCUGGGAGGAAAGGGAAACUUUACCCCUGUUUGUAUCCUCUAAUGCUUUCCCUCUCCCUUUCCCAUAGCUUUUCUUUAUUGUAAUUUUUCUUAUCAAUCAAGGUGCUGACCAACUCAUUAUAAAGUUAAACACCAAAUCUAAAGCUCUCAAGAAUGCCCAUGAAGAGAAGACUCAAAAAGUAUUAAUAAAUUUAAUGAGUUCGGCAAAAAAUAAAACUACAUGCAACUUUAUUUUAUCCCUUAUAAAUAUAGUGUUUCAUUGGAUUUAUUUUAUGCUACAUUAUGUUUAAUUGAAAUAUUCUAUGAUAAAAUGUCCUUACCCACAUAUACAUAUAAGUGACAGCAAAUCCUUGUGCAAGAAAUUUGGGAAUUACUGGGGGAGAUCUCCCAAUAGAUGAAUUGUUUCUAUCAGAUUUAGGGGAAAUCAUGAUUUGAUGUGUCAAGUAGUAAUAACUGUCUGUUUUGUACAUGUAUGUACCUAGGAGCUUUGUAACAAGGUAUCUUAAUAAUGUUAAAGUCCUCUACAUUCUUAAUAUUUUAAACUGAAAACUGGACUUUAAUACCAGUUUCUAAAAUUAAAAAUUAAUUUAUGAUAUGGAUCUCUCUAUAUAUAAUUUUUUUAAAGAUUCCACUAACUUUCAAAUAAGGGUCUUGUACACAGAUUGGAACACAUGAGAUCUAAUGGUCUUUUGAGUGAUCAUUGAAAGGGAGUUUUGAAGGGCAAUACAAUUGCUCCAUGAUGAACAUUCCUUUCUCUGUCUUCUGAUCACCAUCUUUAAUUUCUGUAUCUUUAAGUCUUGAAGAAGUUGAUGCUAAUCGAGGAAUUUACUUGUCUGGUUGAAAUAAAGCCUGUUUCUGUUGUGAUGUUUUUAACGUA